AGGGGCUGGAGGGACUCCCCAGCCGGAAGGGACCAGCCUGCCCAGGGCCAGCUCCGUCCUGUGCUCUGUUGUCCCUGCAUUCCUGAGGGUUGGGGCAGGUCUUCUGCUGGGAGCCAGUGUGGAUUCGGAGAAGGCGAGGCAGGGGCCCAGGAGUCACAGCCUGGUGGUGGAAGAGGCCCUCCUCACCUUACUGUGCAGGCCACAGGGAGCCUGCGAGGACUUGUAAAAUAGGGGGCAGAUGUGCAUUUAAAAAAAUAAUUUUUAAAAAAGGGCUUUGCAUUUUUAGAAAGAGGAACUCCCAGAAUGGUUACUACUUAACCCGGAGGCCUGAAUCACCAGCAGGGAAACUGGGCCCUGUGGGUGGGGAAGGAAGAGGCCCCUGGAGCCCUUGCAUCAUUGCCGCCAUUCGAGGGGCUCCUGACGCCCUGGUCACACCCGCCUGGCCUCGGGACCCAGCCAGAGGCUGCACCCCCUGCUGGAGAGGGUGCGGGGCCUAUCCUAGAGGUCCCACUGGCCUGGGGUUGCUGAGGGCACCGACUCCAUGCCCGAGGCGGGGACAGCAAGAGGAGUUGCUUUGUGGCAACUCAGGCCAGGAAGCAGCCGCUGCCCUCCCCAUCCCGGCCCCCAGACGUUUCCUCCAGAUGAACUCACAUCCCCAGCAGGCAGGCGAACAGGCCCCCAUUGUGAUGGGCUGGGGUCCCGAGAGAAAGGAUGCCUUUCAGGCCCUUAAAAAUAGCAGCCCCGAGAUUUACGGAUGUGCAGGGAGAGUGGCCUGGCCCAUCCCCCCGAGCUGCAUGCAGCCGGGCCCUGCUGCCUGCGUCCCAGACCAUGACCCGUUGGUGACCUGCUGGAGGGUCCACUAACUGGUGGUGGGAGGGGCCAGCAGGGGGUUCACACGCACUCCCCUCCCUGGCCAAGAUGGGGUCUGGCAUUCGUCCAGAGGUCUCCCCUCUUGUGAGCUUCACCAGAACGUGGGACGCGAGAGUAAUCCCAUUUUACAGAUGGGGAAACUGAGGCACAACACAUGAGUCACUCAGCAGGUAGGUGCUGGAGUCUGGGUUUGAAGCCAGGCAGCCUGCCUCCUGGGCCUGGGCUCCCUGCCCCUGUGCCUAGACGCCUGCUGUGGGGGCGGGCCCCAGCACCCACCCUGGUCCCCAGGCCUGGAGUAGGGUGCCUGGCGUGCUCACAUGGCACUCAGAUGGGACCUGGUGUUGGCUGCAGGCUGGCCGCCUAGAGCCUGAUCACAUCGCUGCAGUGGCUUGCCAGUCCAGCCUCCUCUGCAGGAGCCCGAUGGCAGCUGGGCGCCCUUCUCCCAGCCUGAAGUCAGACUGUGGGUGGUGAAGUAUCCGGUUCCAGGUUCCUCCACCACGUGAAGGCUGGGGCGUCCGAGCGGCCCCCCAGCAUGACUGGGGAGGACCAUCCCAGGCAACUGAAAGCGCAGGACAGGUGGCAGCUCCCGCCAAGCCAGCCCCUCCCCUCCCCAGCCCCGCCUGGCUGGGGCAGGGCAGGGAGUCACUACACCUGCUGGGGCCACGCGGGUCUCUCCAGCUCCACACAUUUCCUUCUGCGAGGGGGCUCCGGGCAGCCCCACCCCACGUUCCACCCAAUGCUCCCUGAGCCACCUGGUGCAGGGGGCGGCGGCAGCAACACCAGUGGCCGGCAGCUCUGUGUCGCCCGGCCCCGCUGGCCCCCGCCCGCUGGUCCCCGCCCACGCCGGGAUUUCUGUUCUGUCUGCCGCUGCCGAUGCCCCAGCCCCUGCAGUCAGCAGACCCUGUAGUCCCCGGCCACCCCACCACUGAGGCUCCUUCUCUCUCCAUCCUCCUGGCUUCCCAGAAUCCUGGCUCCGACUCCUCCUCGGAGAGAGAGGGGGAUGAUGUCACUUCCUGAGGCGGGGGGAGGAGUAGGCACGACCCCGCAGCCAGCCCGCCAGCCCGCCCGCCGGCCGCCGCCGCUCACCCGCCACGGGAGCAGCCCUGGCAGUGCUGGAUGGAGUGGCUGCACCGGGGCCAGGGAGAGGGAGACGGACCGGGCUGGACAUGCUGGCCGCCCCGAGGACUGUGCCCGCUGGUGGGGGAAGACUUGGCCGCCUCCUUCCCAAGUGCUGCCGGGCUCUGCGGACACGCGUCUCCCCCGGAGUCAUCACCGGGGACGGGAGGACCUGCCGCUCGCCCCUGGACCAGGUGCCCUGAGGUGAGCGCCAGGCCCGCUGAGCCUCCCCGAGCCGCCAGCCAUGCCCGGGAUCGUGGUGUUCCGGCGGCGCUGGUCUGUGGGCAGCGAUGACCUGGUCCUGCCAGCCAUCUUCCUCUUCCUCUUGCACACCACCUGGUUUGUAAUCCUGUCCGUGGUGCUCUUCGGCUUGGUCUACAACCCGCACGAGGCCUGCUCCCUGAACCUGGUGGACCACGGCCGCGGCUACCUGGGCAUCCUGCUGAGCUGCAUGAUCGCUGAGAUGGCCAUCAUCUGGCUGAGCAUGCGUGGGGGCAUCCUCUACACAGAGCCCCGCGACUCCAUGCAGUACGUGCUCUACGUGCGCCUGGCCAUCCUGGUGAUCGAGUUCAUCUACGCCAUUGUGGGCAUCGUCUGGCUCACUCAGUACUACACCUCCUGCAACGACCUCACCGCCAAGAAUGUCACCCUUGGGAUGGUCGUGUGCAACUGGGUGGUCAUCCUGAGCGUCUGCAUCACCGUCCUCUGUGUCUUCGACCCUACGGGCCGCACCUUUGUGAAGCUCAGAGCCACCAAGAGGAGGCAGCGCAACCUGCGCACCUACAACCUGCGGCACCGCUUAGAGGAGGGUCAGGCCACCAGCUGGUCGCGCCGGCUCAAAGUGUUCCUGUGCUGCACGCGGACGAAGGACUCCCAGUCAGAUGCCUACUCGGAAAUCGCCUACCUCUUCGCCGAGUUUUUCCGGGACCUCGACAUCGUGCCGUCCGACAUCAUUGCCGGCCUGGUGCUGCUCCGGCAGCGGCAGCGGGCCAAGCGCAACGCCGUGCUGGACGAGGCGAACAAUGACAUCUUGGCCUUCCUGUCUGGGAUGCCAGUGACCAGAAACACUAAGUACCUCGACCUCAAGAACUCGCAAGAGAUGUUGCGCUACAAAGAGGUCUGCUAUUACAUGCUCUUCGCCCUGGCGGCCUACGGCUGGCCCAUGUACCUGAUGCGGAAGCCGGCCUGCGGCCUCUGCCAGCUGGCCCGGUCCUGCUCGGAGUCCCAGCCCAGACGCGACCUGGGAGCUUGCAGGCCCCACGCCGGGUGCUGCCUGUGCCCCGCACGGCCCCGGUUCGCCCCUGGGGUCACCAUUGAGGAAGACAACUGCUGCGGCUGCAAUGCCAUCGCCAUCCGGCGCCACUUCCUGGACGAGAACAUGACCGCGGUGGACAUUGUCUACACGUCCUGCCACGACGCGGUCUAUGAAACUCCCUUCUAUGUGGCAGUGGACCAUGACAAGAAGAAGGUGGUGAUCAGCAUCCGCGGAACCCUGUCCCCCAAGGACGCCCUGACCGACCUGACGGGCGAUGCUGAGCGCCUCCCCGUGGAAGGCCACCACGGCACCUGGCUGGGUCACAAGGGAAUGGUCCUGUCGGCCGAGUACAUCAAGAAGAAGCUGGAGCAGGAGAUGGUUCUGUCCCAGGCCUUCGGGCGAGACCUGGGUCGCGGAACCAAGCACUACGGCCUGAUUGUGGUGGGCCACUCGCUGGGUGCCGGUACUGCCGCCAUCCUCUCCUUCCUCCUGCGCCCGCAGUACCCGACCCUCAAGUGCUUUGCCUACUCCCCCCCGGGGGGCCUGUUGAGUGAGGACGCCAUGGAGUACUCCAAGGAGUUCGUGACCGCUGUGGUUUUGGGCAAAGACCUCGUCCCCAGGAUCGGCCUCUCCCAGCUGGAGGGCUUUCGCAGGCAGCUCCUGGACGUCCUGCAGCGCAGCACCAAGCCCAAGUGGAGAAUCAUCGUGGGGGCCACCAAAUGCAUCCCCAAGUCGGAGCUGCCCGAGGAGGUGGAGGUGACCACCCUGGCCAGCACACGGCUCUGGACCCACCCCAGUGACCUGACCAUCGCCCUCUCGGCCAGCACCCCGCUCUACCCGCCCGGCCGGAUCAUCCAUGUGGUCCACAACCACCCUGCUGAGCAGUGCUGCUGCUGUGAGCAGGAGGAGCCCACGUACUUCGCCAUCUGGGGCGACAACAAGGCCUUCAACGAGGUGAUCAUCUCGCCGGCCAUGCUGCACGAACACCUCCCCUACGUGGUCAUGGAGGGGCUCAACAAGGUGCUGGAGAACUACAACAAGGGGAAGACGGCCCUACUCUCUGCUGCCAAGGUCAUGGUGAGUCCCACCGAGGUGGAUCUGACUCCCGAGCUCAUCUUCCAGCAGCAGCCACUGCCCACAGGGCCACCCAUGCCCACUGGCCUGGCGCUGGAGCUGCCCACUGCAGGUCAUCCCAACAGCAGUGUCAGGAGCAAGUCCCAGUCCGAGAUGAGCCUGGAGGGUUUCUCCGAAGGGCGGCUGCUGUCCCCCGUGGCCGCGGCAGCCCGCCAGGACCCCGUGGAGUUGCUGCUGCUGUCCACGCAGGAGCGGCUGGCGGCGGAGCUGCAGGCCCGGCGGGCGCCGCUGGCCACCAUGGAGAGCCUGUCGGACACCGAGUCGCUGUACAGUUUCGACUCGCGCCGCUCCUCGGGCUUCCGCAGCAUCCGCGGCUCGCCCAGCCUCCACGCCGUGCUGGAGCGCGACGAGGGCCACCUCUUCUACAUCGACCCCGCCAUCCCGGAGGAGAACCCGUCGCUGAGCUCGCGCACAGAGCUGCUGGCGGCCGACAGCCUGUCCAAGCACUCGCAGGACACGCAGCCGCUGGAGGCGACGCCAGGCAGCGGGGGCGUCACCCCGGAGAGGCCCCCCAGCGCGGCAGCCAAUGAGGAGGAGGCGGCGGCGGCGGCGGGCAGUGGUCCCGCCCCCAGCCCUGCCCCCGCCCCCGCCCCUUGCGGGGAGCUGGCGCUGCACAACGGGCGCCUGGGGGACUCGCCCAGCCCCCAGGUGUUGGAGUUCGCCGAGUUCAUCGACAGCCUCUUCAACCUGGACAGCAAGAGCAGCUCCUUCCAGGACCUCUACUGCAUGGUGGUGCCUGAGAGCCCCACCAGCGACUACACCGAGGGCCCCAAGUCCCCCAGCCAGCAAGAGAUCCUCCUCCGGGCCCAGUUCGAGCCCAACCUGGUGCCCAAGCCCCCGCGGCUCUUUGCCGGCUCGGCCGACCCCUCCUCGGGCAUCUCGCUCUCGCCCUCUUUCCCCCUCAGCUCCUCUGGGGAGCUCAUGGACUUGACGCCCACGGGCCUCAGCAGCCAGGAGUGCCUGGCAGCCGACAAGAUCCGGACUUCCACCCCCACGGGCCAUGGGGCCAGCCCGGUCAAGCAGGAUGACCUGGUCAUCUCGGCGCGUUAGCACCCCCACAGCGGCUGCCAGCUGAGGCCCAGGCCAGAACAGGUGGCUGCCCCUUAGCUGGGCAGCUUUGAGGAGAGGCCCCUGGGGCCAGGUAGCCCCAGGCAUGGGGCCUCACUGCUGAGCUUGGGGGGUCUGCAUCCCUACCUCAGCCUAGGACCCCCAGAGCCAAGGUGGCUGGGAUCUGGUCUCCCAGAUGGGGAAAGGUGGCAGAGCCUGGGCCAUCCUAAGCCUGACUGCCCCCAGCAGGGGCACCUGGCACCCCCUGUCCUGGGCCAGGCCUUGGGAAGCUGGCUCCCCUCGCUGCCCUCUGGCUGCAUUGCCAGGGCCAUGAUGGUGAGCAGCCCCUGCACACGUACUCUCAUCUGCGGGCCAGGCUGGCACUUGCCAUGGCCACCCCCCCAACCCCCAGACCUGGUGCCUGCUGGCGGCCCACAGUGCUGUGUAUGUUUACAGAAGCUGCUGGGCUGGCUCAGGAUGUACCCUGGGCAUGCAAGCCCCUUGUGCCCUCCCACCCACCGCCACCUGCCCUGUCACGUGGUCAGUAACUUCCUUUCUGGGCAGGGCCAGAGGCAGCCCAGGAGCCUGGCAGGGCUUGGUGGAGAAUGGGGUAAGAGUUGCCCCUUCUCUGCCAGUACCCCUUAUGCUAGCCCCUCUGGCUGUGGGUCCUGGGCACACUUGGCCCCAGGGCUCCCAGCCACUCAGAGGGCGGUGGGCACUGCUGUGGCACCCCUGGCUGCAGACUCAGUGCCCUUGGAGGAGCGAGGCCACUGGGCUCCUCCUUCCUCCAAGUGUCCCCCAACUCCCUAUGUACCUCCCCCACCCAGUGCCUAGGCAGCUCUGGGCCCUGGGAUCUGAAACCAAACACUCCUCUGUCCACCUCACCUCUCUCCUCACUGGCCUGCGCUCCUACCGGGAACUGGGUUUUCUUCCCUCCCACCCCCGGUAUCCUACUGGCAGGAAGUGGGGCCAAGAGGUGGGUAUUGUGGGACUUGGCAAGACACCCUGUGCCCGCUGCCCAGGUUGGAGGCCAGGAGGACAGGGGGUUGCCCUGGUUUAGCCUGAGGCUCCCAUAGGGGUUCCUUCCCUGUUGGGUUUGGGAGGCAGCUGGGAAGGUGGAGACUGCCUUUGUCCAGAGGCAGGAGGGGGGGAGGUUGUGCAUGCUAGUGUCAGGCGUGUGUGUGCAUGUGCAUGAGUGUGCACCAUUCCUGAGGAAGGGGUUGCUGGGGACUGCCCACCCUACCUGCCCUGCCUGCCUGCUGCGUCCCCCAGCCUGCCAAGAACACAGUGAGCAUGAUGGGGCCUGCAAGGUGGGGCCUCAGGAGGAGCUCAGUUUCAGACACCACUCUUUCCCCUUUUCUCACCUGCUGCUCUGACCCCUAGUUUGGAAGACGCCUGUACCGUGUAGCAGGCGCUGACUGCCUGCUGGUGCCUUCGUCCCCUUGGAGGCAUGAUCCCUCCCAGUCUGGCCCUACCCACAGCCUCCCUGGGCCGCCUGGGCUCCCCUGACCAAGACCCCAUCUCGUGAUCACUGCGGCCUGGAGGCAGAACCUUGAUCCCCCACCCCUCACAUGGCUGCCCGGGCUGGGGGCCCUGGGAGCACCUGCCAGCCCUGACAGAUGGGGACAGAGACCCGGGAGCUGGGCCUCCCGCCUCGUCUGUGAUGCACCCUCACCUGUCUCCAGGACACUCUUCCCCUGCUGAGGCACAGCCCCAGCCCAGCACAGAAGCAGGACAAAAUCACAGGCUCUUAGAGCUUAAAAAGACAAAAUAUUAAAUCAGAAAAAAAGUUCCAACAAGCACCCAGCCAGUAGCAGCGAGAGACUCGGUGUCUGGCCUUUUAAUUCCUCCUGUGCCAGGGUGGGUCCUAAGCCCCCUUAAGGUGGGCGUAUCACCCACCCAUGCCCAGGCCUGAGCCAUCAGGGACAGACCCCCCCAACCCCAAGGCUGCAACCACGCCAUGUUACAGGCUUGGGGCUGGGGCAGGCUUGGACUCAGCCCUGGAUACCCAGGGUCAGCCCCCUCACUGGCCCCUCCCCACCAGCCCCAGAAGGAUGGGCCUGCUGCACGUCUCACUCCUCCACCCCAUGCCGCAUUCGGGGGGGUCUGAGCCACCCCCCUCAGCCCAGCUCGGCUCAGCCCGACCCCCACUCCGUCCCCCAGACCCGCAGCACAAGCUCUGCCAGCCACAUGCUGGCCUGCCCUCCCGGGGCCUGGGUGACCUCCAUAUGCAAUGGGUAACGAGCGCCGGGCCCCACACACCCUCACGCACUCUCUACGUGCCAUUCUCCCGUGACUUUUUUUUGUACUUAAUGUAUGAAAGAUCCACACUAAUAUUGCUGUAAAAAGGAGAGACAGAUUAAUAUAGCUUAUUCUAUAAAUAUAUCUGUAUAUAAAGGUUUCUGUAUAUUGUAUAGAGCUAUGUAUAAACUGGAUGUAGAAGCACA